CUUUUUGGUAAUCCCGAGCGUAAAUGGUAACUAACUCUCCUUCAGAUAGAGUAAUUCCGAAAAUUGUACAGAUCUGAUUAAGUCGGUUUGUAGUAUAUAAUACAGUUUUUCCAUAUAAAAAGUAUAUAAGCAUAUACCGACUUAUGUAGUUAUGUACGUACAGCAGCAAUUAUAGAAUGGAGUGGUUUAAUGUUGAACUUCUUGAUUGAUGCGAACAUUAUUCAACCUUUUUGAGAGAUAUCAAUAAGGGGUCACGCUAUGUUUAAAAGCCAUUAGCUAUAAUUUUCCAACGCCCGGGGAAAGAUCUGAAUUAUAACAAAGUUGUAUAGUGUGGGUUUAAAAUAAUAAACUAAAUAAAAAAUGAUUUUGCCAGUGAUAAGUUUUUAUGUUGUUGUGUCUUCUUUUUUCUGUGUGGGUUUUAUGAAAGUAACCGAAAGUAAUAUUUCUAAAAGAAAUGAGAGUGCGGAUGGUUUUGAAGAUGCUUAUUAUCCGGCAUUACAUUGGUCCGAUGAAUUUGAUUGGAAAUUAUUUAAGUCAGUUAAUGGGGAUGGAUCAAAUGUAUUGAUUUCCCCUCUCAGUCUUAAAAUUGCGCUAGCGAUAAUAUACGAGGGUGCCGCAGGAUUAACGGAAACUGAAUUUCAAGAUGUUCUGAAUUUUCAAUCAAAAGAAUCAGUGAGAUUACACUACAGUAAUAUUAUUAAGUCCUUAAAGAAUGGGGAUGGUGUUAAUGAAAUUCGUUUAGCUACGAGAUUGUUUUUAGAUACAGAUAUAAUUCCCAGUCAAAAAUAUUCUGCUAAUGUAAACGCGUCAUAUAAUGCCGAAGUAGAACCGACAAAUUUUGUCGUUCCUGAUAAAGCGUCCCAAAAGAUCAAUAAUUGGGCAAGCGAGGAAACAAAUGGUUACAUAUCCAAUAUAAUUUCACAAGACGAUCUAGAGGAUGUGGUGCUAUUAGUAGCGAAUGCCGUGUUUUUUAAAGGUUUUUGGAAAAAAGCUUUCCCAAAAAAUAACACCGGUCUGGGAAAUUUUUAUACAACUCCAACAAGUCUUGUUACUGUUGAAUACAUGAAUACCAUUGGAAAUUAUUAUUAUGCUGAUUCCAAAGACUUAGAGGCUCAAAUAUUAAGAAUACCAUAUAAAGGUAAUAAGUUUGGAUUUUUCGUUAUUCUUCCAUACAGUAAAGACGGUCUUCCUAAAUUAAUAAAGUCGUUAGAUUUUGCAAAAUUAAAAAGUAACAUGUACAAACUGGAUAGUCUUGUGGUUGAUGUAAGAAUCCCAAAAUUCCGAUUUAAUUUUAUUUCGUCGUACGCAUCAAUUUUACAAAAAUUCGGAUUGCAGCAUAUGUUUUCGGAUGGUGCCAGUUUACCUGGUAUUUCACACGGAGUCGGAUACGGAUAUAAAAAAUUACAAGUAAACGACAUCCGUCAAAAAGGUGGUAUAGAAAUAAGCGAAGAUGGAAGCACAAUUUUUGCAGCCACUGAAAUCCAUGUUGGAAAUAAAUUCGGCGAUGUUGAUAACAUUUUUAACGCAUCGUACCCUUUCAUGUUUUUCGUUGAAGAUCAAACAAGCGGCACAAUUAUUUUUAUUGGAAAAGUAGUAAACCCUUUAGCCACUGAACCAAUUGCUGUGCCCGUGCGAAUUGGGGAAGCACCCAACGCGAACGUUGUUGCACCAAGUAUAACAGCGGCACAGAAUGCCCAAUCAGGGUCUGAAAUUCAAUUGGGCCCUAUUGUGGAAUCAGAUAAUAGUAUACAAUCCCGUUUCAAUUAUUUUGAUUUAGAGCUACUGCGGACUUUCGGAAGCGAGGGAAAUUACCUUAUCUCGCCAGCUAGUCUGAAAACAACAUUGGGGAUGAUUCUGGAAGGCUCUAAAGGAAAGAGCGCUGAAGAAAUAGCAGAAUUAUUGCGCGUUCCUGUCAGUCAAAAAGGCAUUAGGGAUAGAUUACAAAGACUGUUGUAUGAUUUGACAGAUAAAUCAGGAUCGACAGUUCUAAUAUCUUCAAAUGCAUUAUUCUUAUCAGACAGCUUUAGUGUGUUACCCCUCUUCCGCGACACACUAUUAAGCUUUUAUAAUGCAAAAGUUAAAAUGCUGAAUUUUUCGAAGCAAAUAGAAUCUGCAGGAUUCGUCAACAAAUGGGUUUCUGAGGCUACACAAGGGCAAAUUUCAGAAUUAGUAGACUCAGGUUCUUUUGAUGCGACCCUUUCUGCCAUUAUUGCCAAUGCUUUAUACUUUAAAGGAAAUUGGAAAGAAGCAUUUAAUCCUAAUGGAACAUAUGAACACAAAUGUUUUAAAGUAAAAGGUGUUUGCCAUCCAGUACAAAUGAUGCAUGUUGUUGGAAACUUUAAAUACAAGUUUAUUGAAGAAUUAGACGCUGCAGCCGUCGAACUUCCGUACAAUGAUGACAAAUAUGCGAUGUUAAUAUUACUUCCUAAUGACAAAAGCACAGUGGAAGGCCUUAUUCGUGAUCUUCAGCAUGUUUCAUUUUCUCAUGUGAUCGAUGUAUUAGAAAAAGCAGAAGUACUAGUUGAGAUACCGAAAUUUGAAUUGGAAUAUUCUGCAGAUAUGGUACCACCAUUAACUAGUUUAGGAUUGAGGAAUGUUUUUGGACAAAAUGCAGAUCUCUCAGGAAUCACAGAAAAUGGAAAUAUUAAAAUUGAUAGCAUAAUUCACAAGACGAAGAUAUCUGUAAAUGAAGAAGGUACCGUGGCGUCUGCGGCUACGGGGGCCGUAGUUGUACCUUUAAUGGGCCUGACUGUUCCUGAAGUAAAAGCUGAUAGGCCCUUUUUAUUUUUCAUAUACCAUGUUGAAUCUAAAAACAUAAUAUUCGAAGGAAGACUUAAUCAGCCCGGAAAUAGCCAGAAUCAAUUUAGUAGUCAUAAUUAUCAAGGACAUGUACCGUUAUCAGAUCUACGAAAUCAACGGGUGCCAACGAAAGGUCACGUACAAUCAAGGUUCUCAAACCAAGGCUACUAUUACCCUCUAGAAACAUAUCGAAAUGCUGAUACUACAAGGAAAGGGGGAAGUUUGUAUGGAUAUUAA